CAGCAGCGCACGCAAGCCGGCGACGCACACGGCACACCUCCUGCCCAAGCACGCUGCAGGUGCCCCUCCUGCUCAGGCUGCCGCACGCACAUCUCCUGGAUUGCGCCGCCUCCCUCUCCCUCGCCUCUGCAUCUCGCCGCCGCACGCGUUCCAUCGCCAAACGCCGCCCGGCCCUAAACCUCUAAACCCUACCACCGCGUGCCCCACAGCUGCCCCCGUCGCCGCCACUGCCGCUCCGGUUCUUCUUCGUCGGGACUCCUCGUUUCUGCCGUGUCCACCCCGUCCGCAACCUUUGGCCGCUGGGUUUUGAGGAUGUCCAACUCCAACGUCACAGUGUGUGUGCGAUUCAGGCCGCUGAGCCACAAAGAGAGGAAGGCCAAUGACAAGGUCUGCUUCAAGAAAUUGGACUCCGAGUCUUUUGUUUUCAAGGAUGAGCGGGACGAAGAUGUCAUAUUCAGCUUUGACAAGGUGUUCUAUGAUGAUGCGGAACAGUCUGAUGUGUACAAUUUCCUUGCAGUGCCCAUUGUUGCAGAUGCUGUCAAUGGAAUAAAUGGGACCAUAAUUUCUUAUGGUCAGACUGGAGCUGGAAAAACAUAUAGCAUGGAGGGGCCAAGCAUCUUGCACUGCAAUGAGCUGAAAACUGGACUGGUUCAGCGUGUUGUAAAUGAUCUUUUUGAAUGUUUAAGAACAUCAGAAGACAUUACUACAUGGACUGUGAAAUUGUCAAUGGUGGAGAUAUAUUUGGAAAAAGUAAGGGACCUUCUUGACUUGUCCAAGGACAACCUACAAAUCAAGGAGAGUAAAAGCCAAGGGAUUUUUAUUUAUGGAGCAACAGAGAUAUCGAUUAUGAAUAGUUCAGAUGCCUUGGAGCGCCUUUCUGAAGGAAUUGCCAACAGAGCUGUUGGAGAAACACAAAUGAACCUGGCCAGCAGUAGAAGUCACUGCGUGUACAUUUUCUCCGUGCAGCAUGGAUCCACUGCAGAUGAUAAGGUAAGGGCCGGGAAGAUUGUUCUUGUUGACUUGGCUGGUUCAGAGAAAGUUGAGAAAACUGGUGCUGAAGGGCGAGUUCUUGAUGAGGCGAAAACAAUCAACAAGUCGCUCUCAGCUCUUGGAAAUGUUAUUAAUGCCCUAACUACUGCUAAACCGAAUCAUGUCCCUUACCGUGACUCGAAGCUUACACGCAUACUUCAAGAUGCACUGGGUGGCAGCUCAAGAGCUGCAUUGCUAUGCUGCUGUUCUCCUAGUUCGUCGAACGCACCAGAAAGUCUGUCUACCAUUCGCUUUGGAACCAGGACGAAGCUCAUAAAGACUCUACCCAAACUGAUUCCCAAUGAAGUGGACAGCGUCAAGAAGCCCACCUGCUAUUCUCAUGAUCAAGAUGAUCCGCGUGGCAGAGCACCAAGCAAGGCUGGUAGCAGCCAGUCUGAGGUGUCCGAUCUGAGCCUUGAUUCUUGCGAUCAUGAUGAUUUGCGUGACAGGAUACUGAGCAAGCUAAGGUUGAGUCUGAAGGAGGAGGACGUGGAUCUGCUGGAGGAGCUGUUUGUGCAGGAAGGUAUCAUCUUCGACCCUAACGCAGCGAUGCUGGACAUCGACCUGGCGUUCCAAGACGUCGCGAGCCGGCAGAUUGUGUCGCUCGUGCAAACAGUGGAGGAGCUCACAGAAACUGUGCAAGAGCUCACUGACGAGAACGAGAAGCUGAGGCAUCAGCUCGAGUUUGCGCAGGAGAUCGCCGCCCGCGCCCAGUGCGCCACCGCGGACCGGAGCCGUGGUGCCCUGUUUGGUUUCGUGCCCGCGGCCGUCCUCCGCCCCUUUGGAUUCGUUCCAGACUGAUGGCUCGAACAGACAGCCGGCGUCACGUAGAUUCCGCAAAUAUUUUGCUGCCAGAAACAUCACAGCAACGUUAAUCCUGAGUGCCUUGAGGAUCAUGUAGUGACACCUUAUGACAGAUUCUUCCUUUUUUGACAAGAGUAUGGCAGAUUCUUGUGGAAAUCAAUUUUGGCUCUAAGGAGCACACGCUCCUGCGUGUCAAAAAUGGAUUUUACAAAUGUCAAAGAAAAAGAGAAGAUGUGUUUAUUGUCA